AUGAGCACCAAAAGCGAUAAAAUACCUACAUCAUAUGCCAAUCCGGCAUUUGAUGAAGAUUCAAAUCGAAAUAGUGUUGCACCAAGUCCAAUGGGUUCAAAUAUUUUUAUUGUUAAACCGGAUGAUGCAAAGAGAAAUCGUUCUCAUCCAGAACCUCAUCGUCAUGAACCAGUUACACAAAAAAGCUUUGGUCGAACUAUUCUUCGUGGCAUUCGUUCACUUUGGGCAACACGACAAACAGAAAAAGAUCUUCGAAAGAAUAAAGAUUUAUAUGUAAAAACAACAAUACGAGAACUUAUUCUCUAUUUAGUUUUUAUUACUAUCUUAUGCAUCAUAACAUUUGGCAUGACAUCAACAAAAACAUAUUAUUUUACAUCGGUUUUACGUACAGUUCUAACUGAAACACCUGUUGCUGGUGCUGGUUCUCAACCAACAUAUGAUGAUAUUGCAGUUUUUGAUGAUUUCUGGGCUGUUUUAUCUGGACCGGUUCUCAAUGGUUUAUUUGAUCAAACAUGGUACAAUGGAGAGAAUUUAACAUUAAGUCAAUAUGGUUAUGUUCUGUUUGAAAAUAAAAUUCUUGGUUUACCACGUCUUCGGCAACUUAAAGUUACAAAUCAUUCAUGUACGGUUCAUAAAAAAUUUCAAACAAUCAUUCCUGAUUGUUAUGGAGCAUAUAGUAGUGGUAAAGAAGAUCGAAAUGCUUUUCCAACAAUGAAUACUACAAUAACACCAACGGCAUGGCAUUAUCAAACUUCAAGUCAAUUACAAGGUCGAUCAUCAAGUGGUUUAGUUUCUUCUUAUGGUGGUGGAGGUUAUGUACAAGAUUUAACAACAAAUUAUAUGGAUGCAACAGCUGAAGUUAAUGAUUUAGAACAGAAUUUAUGGCUUGAUCGUGGUACACGUGUCGUAUUUUUGGAUUUUACAGUUUAUAAUGCAAAUAUUAAUUUAUUUUGUCAAAUUAAAUUAACAGUUGAAUUUCCAGCAUCAGGUGGAGCAAUCGCAUCAAAAACAUUUUCAACAGUUAAAUUAAUUCGUUAUGUAUCAUCAAUGGAUUAUUUUGUUUUAGCAUGUGAAAUAAUUUUUGUUAUUUUUACACUUUAUUACACAGUUGAAGAAGUUAUUGAAAUUAGACAUUAUCGAUUACAAUAUUUCAAAGUUAUGUGGAAUGUUCUUGAUGUAGUUAUUAUCUUAAUUUCAUACAUUUGUAUUAUAUUUAAUAUCUAUCGUCAAUAUAAAGUUGGACAAAUUCUUGAUCAAUUAUUGGCCAACCAAAAUAGUUAUGCUGAUUUUGAAUUUCUUACAUAUUGGCAAAUUCAAUUCAAUAAUAUUGUUGCAUUUGCUGUUUUUCUUGCAUGGAUUAAAAUAUUCAAAUAUGUAUCAUUCAAUAAAACGAUGACACAAUUAUCAACAACAUUAUCACGUUGUGCAAAAGAUGUUUUCGGUUUUACCGUUAUGUUCAUGAUUGUCUUUUUGGCAUAUGCACAAUUGGGUUAUUUAUUAUUUGGUUCAUUAAUAGAAGAUUAUAAAACAUUUGCACUUUCGAUUUUUUCGUUAUUUCGUAUUAUAUUGGGUGAUUUUGAUUUUGAUGCUAUUUUGGAUGCUCAUCGUAUUCUUGGUCCAAUCUUCUUUUUAACAUAUGUAUUUUUCGUAUUCUUUGUUUUAUUAAACAUGUUUUUGGCUAUUAUUAAUGAUACAUAUUCGGAAGUUAAAAAUGAUAUGACAAACCAAAAAUCUGAAAUUGAAUUAGGUGACUAUUUCAAGAAAUCAUAUGAUAAAGUACUUGAUCGAUUAAAUAUUAAACGAGAUCGUGUUAUUGAAAUUCAAAAUGCAUUAAAAAGUGCUGAUGUAAAUCAAGAUGGUGUAAUUGAAUUCGAUGAAUGGCGUCGUGAUUUAAAAGCUCGUGGUUAUACUGAUGUUGAAAUUGAAAAUGUUUUUGCACGUUAUGAUACUGAUGGUGAUCGUGUACUUCGUGAUGCUGAACAACGUCGUUUUAAAGCUGAUUUAGCUGCGCAAGAAAAUAAUUUAGAUAUGGAUAUUCAAGAUUUAAAUGAUUCACAAGGAAAUCCAAAAGCAAAUGGUGCUUCAGCAUCACCACCACCAACAACAACAAUAGGAGGAGGAGGAGCAUCGGGUGAAACCGACCAUGCUAAUCGUAUAACCUAUGAUGAAUUUGCAAUAUUAGUACGACGUAUUGAUCGUAUGGAAUAUUCAAUUGGAAAUAUUGUUUCACGAAUUGAUGGUGUUUUAACAAAAUUAGAAACGUUAGAAAAAGGAAAAAUGAAACGUCGUGAAGCAUUAACAAAAAUUCUUAAUAAUAUUUCAGAUGAUAAUGAAAUGACCAAAGAAAUGAAACAAGAACGUUUAGAAAAAAUGAUUCGUGAUGAACUCGAAGAAAAUAAUAAUGAUCGUCAAACACCAAUUCAAAGUUUACUUGGAUCAACAACAACUGCACCAGGUGCACCAGGAGGUGAAAGUAGAAGUCAAUCUGGUAAAUCAGCAUCACGCCGUGUUAGUCCAACACAUGAUAGUGCUUCAAAAUAUUAA